AUUUAUUGGUAGAAAAAACAUGGCGGCCAAGCUGCAGUACUGUGCAAGUUGGGCUAUUUGACUCAAACAAACUUCUUCCAAAGCUAGCCUAAACCCAGAUCACAAGCGCCAAAAUUCUCAAGAACUUCCCAGCCCAACUUAACAAGAACUUAAGCACAUACUGCAGUGUGAGGCAGAGACACUGACCACAAGAAAACACCAGAAACCAACGAAACUGUAUAAUGACGUCAGCUGUCAAAAAGAUAAACAGUCCUCAGGCCUGGAAGAGUAUACAGCCGCCAGCACAACAGGACCCUGCCAUUCUGUCCUAUCAGAGGUCUUCUAACCUCCUAUCUAACAAUGGUAAUCGAGAAACAGGAUUUGUCGAAAAACUUCUGCAUUCCUAUGGAUUUAUCCAGUGUUGUGAGAGAGAGGCUCGUCUGUUUUUCCAUUUUAGUGAAUAUUCCGGAGACAUUAAUGGAGUCAAAAUAGGAGAUGCAGUGGAGUUCCAGCUGUCAAGCGACAGAAGAACUGGUCGUCCAAUCGCGUGUGCCGUUGUAAAAAUUGAUGAGACGUCUUACGAGGUGUUAAGUGAGGACCGGUUCACUGGUUCUGUUGUGCAAGAAGCCAGAGUUAGCAAGAGCAAAAAUGGAUGCGUAAAUGGCAAUAUUGAUGGUAUGGGCAGAGUGACCUAUGAACACAAUGGAGAAUGCUUCUUUUUGCCAUUUGGACUUGACGAUAUAGAGGACAGCAACCUAAAACUGAAGCCAGGAGACCAAGUGUCCUUCUUCAUGGCAACUGAUAAAAGAAAUGGUAACAUACAAGCGAGAAAGAUUGAGUUAGUUUCCUCCUCCCCUCCCCCGCGGUUCCAGGGUGUGGUUUGUUCCAUGAAAGACUCAUUUGGUUUCAUUGAGAGAGCUGAUGUAGUGAAGGAGAUAUUUUUUCACUACAGUGAAUUUAACGAUGACAUUAAUGAUCUUGUCCUGGGAGAUGAUGUAGAAUUUGAUGUUCAGUCCAGAAAUGGUAAAGAGGUCGCUGUCAACAUUAAAAAGUUACCUGUCGGGACAGUAAUAUUUGAAGAUAUCAGCAUUGACAAGAUGGAAGGGAAAAUAGUGAGAACAUUGAAAAGUAAUCGCAGACAGAGUGAUCCACUUGGUGGAAAAAUUUCCUGUCAGACCAGUAAAGGGACGGAGGAGUUUCCUUACGGUGACAAGGACCAGUGUGGUGAGUUCACACUCCAGGUGGGGGACUUGGUGGAAUUCCAGGUGGCGACUGAUCGUCGCGACAAACUCCAGAGGGCCACCAAGAUCCAGCUCCGUCAGGAGACGUUUAAUCAGAAUGGAGAAAAGCGGGAAAAGGGAGUGAUAUCGAACUUGAAGGAUGGCUAUGGAUUUAUUCAGUGUACAGACAGGGACUCUAAAAUCUUCUUUCACUUCAGUGAACUGAUCGAUUUAGUAAAGGAUGUACGAACACAAGAGGAAGUGGAAUUCACUGUUGUCCCAGAUCCAUCUACCCCUAAUCGCCCAAUGGCUAUCCGAAUCCGAUUCUUGCCAAAGGGAAGUGUUUCCUUUAUAAACAUUCGUCCUGAAAAGUAUAUUGGGACAGUCGAUCGGGAACCAUCUAGUCAUAAAAGUCCUUCAAAACUUAAAGACAACGAACCCGCGGGUAAUAUUGUGUUUGAUUAUGAAGGGAAAAUACAAAAUAUUUCUUAUUACAACAAAGACUUGGUAGAUAUUCGAGAAUCCCCCAAAUAUGGAGACAAGGUGGAGUUUUCCAUCGGUGAGAUCAAGCGAUCAAAUUCCCGUUUCGCAGCAGCUGUAAGGGUUGUAAUUAGAAACAUACAGGGAAAAUGUCAAGGAUUUAUCGCAACUCUGAAGGAUAACUACGGAUUUAUUGAGAACGCUGAUCACGACAAGGAAGUCUUUUUUCACUUCAGUUCUUUUGAUGGUGACGCAAAUGACCUUGACCUUGGAGAUGAAGUAGAGUACACAGUCACAAGAAAAAGUGCCAAACUUAGUGCAGAAAAUAUCCGAAAAGUGCCAAAGGGAACUGUGGCUCCAGAGGACAUAUUAUUUGAUAAGGGAGUUCUUCAAGGGAAAGUGAUACGGCCAAUGAGAAUAGUGAAUCCAGACCAGGAUGAGUAUGCAGGCCUGGUUCAAGUGGGCGGUGAUGAUGAUCAAGAUGCAGAGACUUACCCUUAUGGAAUCACUAGUCUGACAGACAAGAGAGACUUCCUACAGAAGGGAGAUGCUGUCAAGUUCCAGAUCGCCGCUCACAGGAGAACAGGGUUACUGAGGGCGGUCAACAUUGCUGCCAUCAGGAAGUUCACCAGGGCCAGAGUAGACUCGGUCAAGGGACAGUUUGGAUUCAUCAACUAUGAGGCAGAGGAAGGGAAGAAGCUGUUUUUCCACAUGACAGAGGUCCACGAUGGUGUAGAGGUCCAAGCUGGGGACGAAGUGGAGUUUAUAAUUGUGCAGAAUCAACGCAAUGGGAAAUAUUCAGCCUGCAGUCUGCGAAAAAUAACACACACUCAACGUCCUGAGCGCCUACUGAGUCGAAUGAAGAGCAUCAAGGAAGACAUGUAUGGACCUCGGGUCAUUGCCGUUCGACAACCCAAAGGCCCAGACGGCACGAACGGUUUUAAGGAGCCCCGCCAGCCCUGGACGCCACCCCAGGCCUAAGGCAAUACCAAAUGGGUGGAAUACAUUGGAAAUUCUAAUGCUUCUAUGGAAGGCUUCCUGUUGUUUCUGUUUGCUUUGUGAUAUAUUGUUUAUAAUGUUCUCCAUGUUCUUUGGUUCAAUUUCCGUUUCUAUGGCCACAGUAAAAUCAUACAUAUGGCCAGCAUUUGGAUUCUAAGGCAAAGGUUCAGAUGUGUAUAACUAGCUGAAAAGAAAAGUUCAUAUAUUUGGGUGGGGGAUCCGUAUAAUCAAAUUUGAAGUUUGUAGAUUAAUGUGCAGUCAGAAAUUUUCAGAAUGUAGGUAUCAACUUCAAUAUUUUUUGGAAGUAAUAUUGACUUGGGGGCAUUGUUUCAGAUAUUGGUUACAUUUGGUUUAAACACUGUAUUUAGAUAAGGACUUCAUACUGUAAAUGGUCAAGUAAGGGUGAUAAAGCCUAGGUAAUUUUCGGACAUCUUAAAUGAGCUUUGAUUUCUAAUCAGACAUCUGUAUGAUUUUACUGUGGCAAUAUUUAAGCUGCAUUUAAAUCUCCAAAAAAUAUUUUUGGUGUGAAUGAUUGUGAAUUUGAGAGUUGAAAUGAGUUGUCAUAAAGUGAGGCAGAUUUAAUGUGCAUAUAAAAAAAAGCUGUGAGAUGUUCUAUGCUUCCCCCAAAAUAGGUUUUCAUUUGUUCUAUUAUUCAUUGCAUGAAGACAAAGGUUGCUCCAUGCUGAUAAGCAUGAUCAAUAGCUGGUACCAAAUCCAGACUCCUAUCACACAAACAUUUUACUUUUUACAAACAGUUGCAUGGUACAUGUAUUUGUAAGUGCCAGAGUUGGUUUUGCAAUAGAGAAUUCAUUGUUAACAGUGCACAUUUUUGUUCAAAUUGAAAAGUGCAGACCAAACUGUACACAAGGGAUAAUACUGAACAAUUUCAUCCAUAUCCAUACAAGAUUUAUAUGAUGUUCCUUUCACCAACUUUUCAUGAGGUUGGAGUUCAGUUCUAGUCUAAUGUUAAAUGUAUUAUACUCUUAAAGGUUGUUCAUUCUGAUACAAAUUUCAUCACUUUUCUGCUCGUUCAUUCAUGCAGAUUCAUAUUUUUAUGUGUUUAUAUGCCAAUGAACAAUUAACACGUAAGAACAAAGUAAUAUUUGAGUUGCAGCAAGUCUAGUGAAAUAGCUGUAUCAAGAUGAUAAACUUUGAUUUGAUUUAUGAAAAGCUAAAAAGUAAGUUGAAAGACUAUGUUUAGAUAGUGUUAUGCACCAAAACGGGUAAAAAAAAUAUUUUGCAGUAUUUUUUACACCAGCUAAGAAUAAUCAGCAAUAGGCUUUCUCAACAAUUGCUCCUCUUAAAACUUAAUUGAUCUCUCGCAUGUUUUACAUGGCAUUUGGAUUGCAAUCUUUACACAAAAAGAGGUACCACUUUUGUCAGAUCUACCUCGGGGGAUUGUUUUUUUUUUUUUAAAUCAGAUCUAAUCUGAAUUGCCUUUAUCAUAUCAUUUGCCUGUAGUAUUGGAAGAUUUUAUUUUGUUUGAAUCUCAACUGCCACUGAAAUGAACAUUUGCAUGUCUUGGUCGUCUAGGAGGUUUUGAGACAAAGUUGGAAAUAUUCAUACAUCUGCAAAAGAAUCCUUAUUUUUUAAUUCAAUUUCUGAAGAUAUUUUUGAGAUGUCUUAAAGAGUAAAUCUGUCAGUUGCUUUGUAGCAAAAUAGGUUUUCUCUAAGAAUAGAUAUGGUGUCAUUGAAAGUGUCGUUCUCUGUGAAAGUUUACGACCAUAGAUUGAAAUAUGACUUUGUCAUCAAAUAGUAACACAGUCAUAUCUUUUAAGCAACAACUGUUCAGUAAAAUGUUGAAGGCUCUGCCUUCAUUUAACAUCUUGUGUGGUAUAUAUGAAGAUGAUGUAUUUACAGAAAGUUUUUCCCCACCUCUCUAUAUUUUUGUUAACAAUUUGAUGAAUUCCUUUGCUGUGAGCUAUGAUUGACAAUCGAUCUGUAUAAAGUAAGAGGAGAUAGUGAUCUGGGAAAGGUUUUGUAAGUUGCAUAAAGGGGGUAUUAAAAUAGAAAGAUGGAGAAUUGAUGAAGAUUUUGGGGUGUUGUGUUUAGGGGUUAUUUAUUAAUGUGAGAGAAACACAAGAAAAAAAAGAGGAGCAUCUUUGUCAAAUUUACUGGUGCUUAUUGUAAAAUUUUUGCGACAAGUUUCAUGAUGCAUGUUACUUGAAGUACAUUUUAUGUUGAAACUCAAUUUUAAAAAAAAUAUAAAAAGAAACUAAAACUUGUCAAAAAAUAAAGAAAAACUAUUGAAAGUCAUAAAA